CACAGUUUUCCUUUGACAACGCGCCGAGUCGCACACGCCUCGAGUCCGACGGAUGCGGAUAGCGGAUACGGGAUUUGGGCCAAAACCGUAGAAAAAAAAGACCGAACUGAGAAUUUCGAAAAAAAUAAAAGGAAUGAAAAUCGCGUUCGCAUGCGACAAAAUCUUUCAGUUCAGUUCUGUUCGGUUCGGUGUGGUUCGGUUGGGUGUGCGAGUGAAUGUUGCUAAAUUUAUAAAUAACAAUUUAAGUUGUGCCCGCUCCCAAAGUAAAUUAAAAUAAAAGCAAAAGUGAUGCGCUCGCCGCCGUAAGGGAAAUGGAGAUGGAAAAUAAGAAAAAUAUCAAGGCAUAAAUAAAACGCCUCGUGACGUGUCGCAUUUGCCGGCUGCAUUCCCAAAUAGAUCGGAGAUCGUAGAUCGCAGAUAGCUGUAUAGAUCCCUGGUAUAUACUCGGUCGGUGCGUGCCGGUGGAUUAUGUAAAGUGGCACACGGCAAAAAAACACACACACAACAAAUAAUUGAGAAAAAAAAGGGACUCCCAGAUGAUAGAAUGAAAAUUCAGAUGGCAAUAAAAUGCGAUAAAAUUGAGAUAGAAUAGGGAGAGUGUAGCCUGAAGAUUUGUCACACACGCGCCCCGACUCAGUAAGUGCAGCUAAUUUAUUUUGCAUCUAUUGCAAUUGAGAGGCGACCGCCCAAUGUGCAUCCGCCAGAUACAUUUUCGUAAUUGCCGUCAGUGGAUCGAGUUGCUUUGUUUCGCACGUCGCGUCGGGUAUUCGCCAGAUUGGAUUACAAGAUCAGCCACCAGACAAAGGAGCCCAAAAUAAGAAUCCUGAAAAUUAUUUCAAUAAAUACGACGGAGAAUAAUCUUCCGGAGAAUCGGUUGCCAAAACCAACGUAAUGUCGUCCUACCGCAGUUAUACGCCCUGGAAAUCCAGCUUAGGCAGCUCCUACAAGACAGGCAGUUCCACAUAUGGAAGUAGUGGGGAUUCCACUUCAAGAUAUACCUCUCUGGCCACGCCCAGCGCCUAUAGGCCCUCGUUUUCCGGGGGAACAUACCGCCUGAAAAGGGAACCACCACCAUCAGCAACCACCACCCCAGUUACCAGCUAUGUCAGCCGUUAUGCCAAAACCGAACCCAAGGAAACUGUCACCAAUGAUCGCACAAGUCCCGUGAAACGCUACACUGGAGGUGCGACGAGCUCAUUGGGAAAAUAUGGAAGAUCGAGGGAUCCAAGCCCGGUGGCCUUGGAGCACACAAACCGCAAUAAGUCCAGGGAUCCCAGUCCUGUAAUAGACAGCGCCAGAAGUAAACUAGCCACAAGCUAUCGUGGAGGGGCAAACACCACUUCCAGUUCAUCCUCAUCUGCCUCCAGAACUGGCUACAGCAGCCGCUAUGGAGCCGGAGCUGGAUCUAGGAUAACUGGGAAUGGGAGUGCUCUGUCCUACCUGACCACCAGUGACUUUCAUGCCAGGACUGCCAGCAGAGCAAAGGCUAGCAGAGAAAAAGAGAAAGAGAAGGAAAAAGAGAAGGAUCUGGAGGUCGAGGAGAAACAAAGUGACACAUCUAAUGGAAAGGAAAAGACCCCCGAAAAGAAGUCAGAAGAAGAAAGCUCCAAGGAUUCAGAAGGUGACGAAACCUUCAUCACUAUUUCGGUGGUAACACGAGCCACUUCACCCACUCUGCCGGGCAGCACCACCGUACAGCGAACCCGUCGCAUCGAUCCGGCAAAGACCAUCGAAAAGACCGUAACACGAUCUACGAAAAAAAGACAAACCACCGAUCAGGAAAUUCAGUCGGAUAGGUUAGAUGAUUCCUCGCGAUAUCUGCGUUACAGCGGGGGCACCACCUACAGUCCUCACAGAGACAGGAUCACGAGCCUCCGAUACAGCGCCAGUCCGCUGCACAGUUCCGCGUCUGGAAAGUCCAGCCCGGAGGUCAGAUCGAAUCAUCUGACACCAGAAGCUCUGACACCGCCUAGGAGCAAUGGUUCAGUGAGUUCGGCCAAGUCCUCGGAAGCCCUUUCUCCAGCAAGGACCAAUGGUUCAGUGAGUUCGGCCAAGUCCUCGGAAGCCCUUUCCCCAGCAAGGACCAAUGGUUCCUUGACACCUGGUAAAUCCUCAGAAGCCCUCUCGCCGCCACGAACUAAUGGCUCCCUGACCUCGUCAAAAUCCUCGAAAUCUAAACUUUCGCCUCCAAAAGCCAUACGCUUGAACUCCCGCCAGUCGUCGGUGGAGAAUCUGGCCAACAAGCCUCCGGCCGCGCCCAGCAAAGCGGACUCACCAACCAAAACCUGUAGCUCCAGCUCGGGCAGUUCUGCGGUAAAGUGGCCCAACAAGGACUUCCGAAAGUCGUCCUUGAAUGUGGGCAAUACAGACCGGCCAAGAAAGUCCAGAACGCCCAGCAGUGGCGGAGAAUCUGAGGAUCUCCCCAAUGGUAGUGGCCACCUGGAGCGCUCACCUAGUGCCGGCUCCGAGGGCAGCCUAGCAUCCGGAGCAUCCUCGAAAAAGUCCAAUAAGCUCAGCAAUGGAAAGGCAACUCCCAGCAAGCCAAAGCCUCAGAAGUCCGGCAGCGACAACACUGGCAGUUCAUCGACCGCCUCUGCCUCGGAUAGCGAUCAAAGGGUCAAGACGGUGAAAAAGCAGGCCAAGAAGAAGACCACCAAAGAGGCUGGGAUCAAGGCCACCGCCCACAAAUCGAUUAGCCCGCCCAGCAGCACUGAGUCAGCCACCGAGGUGGUGGUUGAGGUGGUGGCAGUGCCAACGGCGGCGCAGACGAGACUGAAGAAGCUCUCGGCUGUAUCGAAUUUUUUCGCCAGCCGUCAGCAAGACGCAAAUAACGAGCCAAUCUUCCUCGAAAGCUCCGAGAGCUCGGGCGAACCGGAGGUCACCACUGCAGGCGGAAUCUCAGGGUUCUCGGGAAUCUCGAAGAUUUCGGCCAACAGUCUCAGUGCAGAUUUGCGAACGAACGAACCGACGACGCCCUCGAGCGAAGCGAAAAUAAAUAAUUCCCCCUCACCCAAAUCGAAUUCCCUGAGUUCGACCACGCGCUGUCCUAGAGAAACCACCACGGCCGGCACCACCCUGCCCACCACGAGUAUAGUGAGCACUAUCAGCCAGGACACGAGCCUUACAGCCACCGCCAGUCUAAGCACUUCGGAACAGGACGAGCCCAGUUGGUGGCAGGACACAAGUCUUCAGAUAAAUACGGCCUCUGCGUUGGAUCAGAAUCGAGGAGAUAUGCCUUCUUACCGACUAAGACACAUAGACUCUGGCGAGGAGCAGGCCUGGUGGCUGCGACAGGAUGAGAAUGGCCAGGAUGACGAUGACACCCUGGCGGAGGACGCUACAAACCCCUUGGACGAGGACAAUCAGGAGGUGAGCAAGGGCACCUGGUGGAGCCAGGGCGAUGAGCCGGUGGACUCCGGCAGCAGUCAGGUAAAGAUGAUGCCACGGAGUCGCCUGUCCCCGGAGAAGGAUGCCUGGUGGCUAGACGAAGAGCAGGAGGUGGUCAAAUCCAAGUCUAAUGGCGAUAUGAACAACAACAGUGAGCCCCACGUAGAGGUGACCCUCAAGUUGCCCUCGCACGGCAGUCAACGGACCUCCAAGAGCAGUGGCUCCUCAAAAAGCAACGGCUCCAAUCCCUGGUGGAUGUCCGGGCCCGCCAAAAAGCUGUUCAACGUACAACGGGUGCAGUCCGGCGAGAGAGCCUGGUGGCAGGAGUCCCCCGAAGAGGCAGCUCCCCAGGAGGAAAAGGAAAACGAACCACCGCCGGUGAAGCCACCUACACCUCCUCCCCGGAUCAUCAAGCACUGGGAGUCCGGAGAGAGAGCUUGGUGGCUGCAGGAGGAUAACCAGCAGGAGCCGCAGCCCGAGGUGGCAGUGUAUCUGCAACCUUCCAGGGACGAGGUGGAUCUGAGGCAAAUGCAUCCUGCUGUCGAACUGAGCAGCUCCUUCAAUUUUUCGGAACGACCACCGCCCCUGGGCCAGUGCGCCAGUCCUGUGCGCUGUCCCUCACCCUAUGACAACAUUCCGGGUACCAAGAUGGCACCGGAGCCAGCCCCACCCACAUCGCCCCCCAGUGCCAUACUCAUGCCUCCCCUGCAGCCCCGGUACUUUCCCCAAACGAGAAGAGCCGGCGAGAAACUCUUCAUUUCGAGGCAUCAGAACAUUGACGAGCUCCUGGGCGGAGCCUGCCGUCCCCUAAGUCCGCUCUUCUACGGGAACUCCUGUCCGGCCGAGAGUGAAAUGACUUCUCUCGCCAGCAAAAACAUGUUCCUGCUGGAGGAGGUGACACCUGACCAGGUGCGAAUCCAUGACAGCACCGCCCAGCUGCCAGUUAUCCAAAGAAUGCAACGCGAUGUCGAGUGGUUGGAGAAUGGCAGCAAUAGCAGCUUUUACGAGCAGCCGAAACAACAACAGCACCAGCGCAGGAUCGAUGAUGCGGCCAUUCAGGUCUACAAGGAUGGCGACUACGGGGCCUAUUUGGAUCUGGAGUCGUCGCUGGCGGAACAGACCGAGGAAAUCGAGGGACUCAACGCCAGCCGCAAGAACUCCCUGGUGGUGCGAACGCAACUGAAUGUGCGCGUGCAGGCGAUUAUUGAGAAACUCCUAUCCUCGGAGGGCAGCGACCUUCGACGGGCCCUCUUCUCGCUGAAGCAGGUGUUCCAGGAGGAUAAGGAUCUGGUGCACGCCUUCGUGGCCCUCGGCGGACUCAAUUGCCUGGUGCGCGUGGGCAAUUGUGCGGAUCAAAACUAUCAGAACUACAUUCUGCGAGCCCUCGGCCAGGUCAUGCUCUAUGUGGACGGGAUGAACGGCGUGAUGAAGCAUGAGCCGACGAUGCAGUGGCUCUACUCGCUGAUUGCCUCCAAUUACCGGUCCGUGGUGAAGACCGCCCUCAAGCUGUUGCUGGUCUUUGUGGAGUACGCGGAGUCCAACUGCUAUGUGCUGGUCAGGGCCAUCCACUCGGUGGAUGCCACCCAGGGCACCCUGCCCUGGUCGAACAUAAUGAGACUGCUGAAGGACUAUGAUAAUGCCGAUGCCGAGCUGGUGAUCUAUGCUACGUCCUUGAUUAACAAGGCUCUGGCGGGCUUGAAUGAUCAGGAUAGCUUCUAUGAUGAGAGUGAUCUGCUGGAGCAGCAGGGCAUGGAGACUGUGAUCCAGCGCUACAUGUCUAAGCCAGGAACCGACUUGGAUCUACUGGAUCAGCUGCAGCUUUACGAAGCGGUCUUAAAAUUCGAAGAUGGGGAAUCGGAUGGCCAGCGCCUGCCGCAGAAUUCGAUGCGCAAGACCCAACGCUAUCGUCCUGGCAGCAACACCACGGAGCGACGCAAGUCACGUCGUCACAGCACAGACAACAGUCCCGCCCCGCUCACCAAGGUCCUGCCCACCACCGUGCUGAGAAUGACUCCCACCCAGGGCAUCCUGGAUGAGGACAGCUCCGGCUCCACGAACUCCACGGAGUUUAGUGGCGGAUUAUUCAGUGAAAAGAAACCUCGCGAUGGUGCAGGCGUGACCCCAGGACUCCGCAGACGGCGAGAGCGAGCUGAGCGGCACAAGAGCUUCCUGAAGGAGCAACAGGAGGCGGCCGCCAAUGGCAUCUUCGCCGCCCUGGAGCAGCGUGAGGGUUUGGGCCACAUCGUAACCGCCAUACCCGCUACCAUCCAAGCUGGCGACAGCCCGCCGCCAUCGCUGCCGCACGAGCCCGUGCCGCCUUACAACAACAUGAGCAACAUCAACAAUAACCUUAGCAACAUUAGCAGCAACGAAACGCCCAACAACAGCCUGCUCCUGAUGAGUCCUAGCAAGCAGCUGCUGAGCGGCAGCCACAGCAUCUCCAUCAUCAAUAACAGCUUCGACAAGGCCAGCAACAACAACCUGAACAACCAGAGCGAGUUCCUCACCAAGAAGAACCUGGUGCGGGAGCGCAAUGCCACGAUGAUCAGCGGCAUCAUGAAGAACAUCCAGCAGACGGACAGUGCCUACAAGAAGUACGAGAACGAGGCCAACCGCAAGAACAACUUCUACACCCAGAUGAGCCAGUCGCCAAAGCACCAGCCCCAGCAUCAGAUCCACCCCGAUCCGGAUGUCCUGCUGAGUCCAAAGAAGAUCCUCGAGUCCGGAUUUGACUUUACGCCCGUGCCCCUGUGCUCCACGCCAGUGAAAUGUGAUGUGCUCCCGGAACCGGAGCCACUCAGUCCGGUGCGAAAGCCCACUGGAGCUGCCCCGCCACCACCGCCCCCUCCGCCUCCGCCACCGCCACCCGGUUGGUGGCAUGCCCCCAUUAGCCGAGUGCCACCAGCAAACCUAACCACUACUAACACAGAGCUGCAGCCGCUACCCGUGGAUCCCACAGAUGUAGAAAGCGAGGAUAAGCAGCUCCUGAUGCAACUGAAAAGGGACCACACUGUCAAGGACCUCACCCAAAGGCUGACCAACCUGCCCAUGAGUCCCACUCAGGAGCAUCCUGCCAACCGCGCUAUUGUGGGCGAUAUGUCCGGUCUGAUUUCGAAAGCCAAAGAGGGUCUGGCCAAGAGCAAGAGCAAGGGUGAGAUUUCCAGAUCGUCCAGCGUCGAUCAGGAACUGAAGAAAGCAGAGCCUAAGAAGUCAGAGAAUGAGCUUCAUUGGGAGGAGCUGGUGAGGAAUAUGACGCGGCCUCUGAAUCUUUGCGAUCUGGACUUUACGGACCUGCGGGACGACGAUGAGAAGGAUGUGCUGGCUCCUCGGGGCCUGGGUGCUGGAAUACCACCUCCGCCACCACCUCUAGGUGGUGUCAUAGCCCCACCGCCCAUGAUGCCACCCAGUCUAGCACCACCGCCCAUGUUUAGUUAUGGGGGUAGUCUCACCAACAGCGUGAAUAGUUCCCUGAACGGAUCUGUGAACGGAGAGCUAAUGAAUGGGAAUAAUACCAUCAAAAAGAACAAAAAGACGGUCAAGCUGUUUUGGAAAGAAGUCCGCGAGGACAUGAUCCCUGUAGUGGUGGGCAAAACCAUUUGGGAUGAGCUCCCCGACGCCAAUGUGGAUACCCAGAAGCUCGAACAUCUCUUUGAGUCCCGGGCCAAAGACUUGAUGACCAAGAAACAACAAGAGCUGAACAAGAGCAAAGAGAUCAUCGUGCUCGACCACAAGCGCUCCAAUGCCAUCAAUAUCGCCAUCACCAAGCUGCCACCGCCCAGGGCCAUCAAGGCGGCCAUUCUCAAGAUGGAUGCCACCGUGGUGACCAGGGAGGGCAUUGACAAGCUCCUCAAUAUGCUGCCUACAGACGAGGAGCGGGGCAAGAUCCAGGAGGCCCAGCUGUCGAAUCCGGAGCUGCCCCUGGGCAGUGCCGAGCAGUUCCUGUUGACUUUGGCCUCCAUAUCGGAGCUGGGAGCUCGUCUCAAGCUCUGGGCCUUCCGCCUGGACUUUGACAACAGUGAGAGAGAGAUUGCCGAACCCCUGAUGGAUCUCAAGCAAGGCAUUGAGAUCCUGCGUCAGAAUCGCACCUUCCGCUGUAUUCUUUCCACCCUGCUCUCCGUGGGCAUUUUCCUCAACGGAGCUCCAGUCAAGGGCUUUCAAAUCGAGUAUCUGGCCAAGGUGCCGGAGGUCAAGGACACCGUUCACAAGCACUCGCUGCUGCACCAUCUCUGCCACAUGGUCAUGGAGUCGAGCAGCGACACCAGUGAUCUCUACUCCGAAAUCGGACCCAUUACCAGGGCCUCCAAGGCGGACUUUACGGACCUGGCCCACAAUCUCAACCAACUGGAGGCGGAGUGCAAGGCCUCCUGGGAUCGUCUAAAGCUGAUUGCCAAACACGACUGCCCGCCACCGCUAAAGCAGAAGCUGGUGGACUUCCUGGCCGAUUGUGCGGAGCGCAUAAUCAUCCUGCAGAUUGUCCACCGGCGGGUGAUGAACCGCUAUAGGAAGUUCCUACUGUGGCUGGGCAUGCCGCAACACAGUGUGGCAGAGUCCCGACCCAACGAAUUCUGCCGCACUCUAUCCGAGUUCGCCUUGGAGUACAGAACUACCAGGGAAAGAGUGCAGCAGCAGCUGGAGAAGAAGGCCAAUCAUCGCGAAAGAAACAAGACGCGGGGAAAAUUGAUCAUAGACAUGGCCAAGUUCAAGACCAAAGAGGAUGUGGCUGAUGCGGAGUUGAAACAACUCCUGGGCACACCUAGUGCUGAUCAGGCCGAUGGCACUCUCACCUGGCGACGACGUCGUGCCGAGCAGCUUCGUUCCCCCAUUUCCCGCCAAAGCGAAGAGUUCACCGACGGCGACGAUGAGAUACUGGAAUCUCUGGUUAAGACUGCCACCAAGGCGCCGGGAACACGGACCACGCCCAGGGAGCGUAAAAGGACGCGACAUGCAGACCGCAAAUCAUUGCGUCGCACGCUGAAGAACGGUCUGACCGACGAGGAGAAACAGCAUGUGGCUGCCUUGAUACAAACCUAUUAGGCUAAGGACUAGAAGAUACUUCAAACCAGCUUCAAACCCCGAUAUUACAUAUAGCGAACCGAUCCCCAGUGACGUCACAAGUCGGGCAUUGCGCGCACAGACUGAAAUUGGCGAUCUCAGGAGAAUCCAGAAAGUCCCCCUUUGUAUAACGACGACAACGUGCGCACCAUUUCGUUUGGCCACAGCAUCAAAGUCCCAAAACUCAUGCAAAAAAAAAGAGAAAAAUGCAAACAACGAAAAUGUCCUUAAAAAAAGCGUUCUUCAUAGUGUUUUUUAUGUUAUUUAAUUUUUGUUUUUGCUUCAGCUAAGUAUUAUUAAUUAAAUGUAAUCCAGUACACACACGUAUUAGUAGUAGACGGAAACGAUUUUAAUAUUAGAAUUUCGAAUGCAAAUUUGAAUAUCCUGAAACCCAACAUUAAAUUUGUACCAAAAUACGACACGACUUGUGCCUUGUCUAAAUGAACUUGUACUCUAAUGUCUAAUGUCUAACUUAAUUACGAAAAUCAAUAAAUAAAACAUAUUUAUUAAAUACGAAAAA